AUGAUCUUGCAUCUAGGUUGUAAUGUAUUUCCAGUUCCCCCCGGAAUUCUUCAUGACCCAAUUGCUGCGGACUUGUAUCUUAAAGCCUUAAAAGAUGGGAAAGAAAAAGACCGAUCCAUUCGAAUAAACGUUGUUGGUAACUUUGCACAAGGUAAAACAUCUCUAGUUAAACGAUUAGUCGGAGAAUCUGUUGAAGAUGUAGAAAGUACAAAUGGUAUAGAAGUUGAUCGGUAUAGCUGUUGGAAGGGGGCAGACUGCACAUUGUCCUAUGUGAAGAAAGAAUCUAUAGAUACCUCAGAUAUAGGCAAACGCCUGGUGGCUAUUGCGUGUUCCGAUACAGAAUUUGGAAAUGACAACAAAACGGAAGCUGGGAGUGCCGACGAAUCAGUCAUGUCCGAAAUUGAAACUGGCCUUACAGAGACAACUCUCUAUGACAGGAAAAACAUGAAACGAUUUUGGUCAGAUGUUGAAGUGACUGAGUCAGCAGAGAGUGUAACACAGACACAUGAUGUCGAUGAAACUGAAACACUAGACUCGAGAUAUUUGAUAGCCGCAGAAGAAUUAAGAAUAUUUGAAGAACAGCUUAGACACAGGGAGAUAAAUAACUCAGGCGAAGAAAGUAAUCCUGUGUCUUUUGAUAUUUGGGACUUCGGGGGUCAGUAUACAUUUUAUGCUACCCAUACAAUAUUUCUUAGUAGGAAAGCCAUAUAUAUAUUGGUAUUUAAUCUUUCCUCAGACUUAAACGAACGAUUAAAGGAGGAAAUCGACAAUGAGGAUGAAUCAUGUUUGUCAUCGAAGGACAGGGAUAUGAAAUAUUUCAUUAAUUUCUGGAUGAACUCAAUUCAUUCUUUCGUAGGCAAUGAUGCAGGAACAGAACCUCAGGUAAUUCUUGUUGGAACACAUAAAGAUAAGCUCAAGGGUGAUAAAAAAACAAAGCAAAAAUCGGCUGAAAUAUACUUCAGUGAUAUUCGGGACCUCUUCGAAGGAACGCAUGUGCUUAACCAUAUCCGGUCAGAAGAUUACGCAGUAGAUAACACUGACGAAACCGAUAAAUCUAUUAAAGAACUUAGAGAAAAAAUAAUUGAAAUUGGUGAAGAAAAUGCAAAAACGGAAAUAAUACCGGCAAAAUGGAUACACCUAGAAAAGACAUUGAUUCAAAAUAGACACAGAAAAAUAGUAUCGCUGAAAACUGUGAUUGAAAUGGACGCUGAGAGCAUUUUUCCCAUAGCUAAACAUGACCAGAUCAAAUUGUUUCUGAAAUACCACCAUAACAAAGGUACCUUGUGUUAUUUUGACAAAGAACCAAUAUCCAGAGACGUAGUGUUGGACCCUCAAUACUUAAUCGAUGCAUUUAAAUGCAUCAUUACUGCUGAGAGAUUUUGUAAGAAGAACAAUGAGAUAAGACCAUUUUGGCAAAAACUUAUCAAGGAAGCAAAGUUGGAACACGCUCUUAUCGACAAAAUUUGGGCAAAAGAAGAAGAACAUGGUUUCAUGAAACAUAAAGAUACUCUUCUUGAAUUUCUCAAGAAACAUCAUAUCAUAUCGGAAGUGAGGUAUAAUAGUAACAAACUAUUGCCUGUAGUGUGUGAUUGGUUUAUCGUGCCAAGUUUUCUGCGGGAUCACAGUUCAGAGUCCAAAAUAUCUGAAUUCCUCACAGGGAAACAGCAAACACAAAUGCGUUACAUGCUGACAUUUGAUAGUACUGCUAUUGUUCCAACGGUAUAUUAUCGUGUGAUUGCAGCCACAUUAGGGAAAUACGCUGUAGUUAAGUUCCAAACCGCUAAUUUGAUGUACAAAAACCUGUCAGUUUUUCGUCUGGAAACAUAUAAUGCCGGCCUGAUAGAAUUGAAAAAUGCAACCAUAGAGCUUACAGUAGUUGGUUUGUGUCCAUCAGUAACAGUGAAUGCUGAAGUAGCUGACGGCUUUCGUCGCUUUGUUGUAUCAAUAGUUGAACACACGUUUGGCAAACUACGAGAUGCGGCCGAACAGUUCAAGAAACCGUUUGUGUCAAGGUUCAGAUGCAACCACCCCAGUCACGGAUUUUCUGGAAGUGUAAACCUCAUGGAAAUAUCGCAAAUGGAAACCAAAAAGCUUUUGCCAUGUCCUGAUUCAAUGUCGCACGAAAUCUUUACUAAAAAGGCUAUGUCUGAGUGGUUCCAAAAUAGCGAAUGUCUCAAGCUCACCCCAAAGUAUGAACUGUCUGACAAAUAUCUGAGCAAAAUAUCUCGGGCUAUUGGAGGUAAUUGGGAACUACUUGGAUAUGAACUUGGUCUGACGGAAGUGGAUAUUCAGCAUAUUAUUGCUGAUAAUCCACACUCGGUAAUUCUGAGAAUUUACAAAAUGCUAAAACUGUGGAGUCGGAAAGAGGCAGAGAAGGCUUCUACUGCUACCAUAGAUGUUUUAGUGCAGACCAUAAAAGUUUGCAGAGAAGUGUUUGUCGAUUGGGACAUCAUUCGAAACGUGAUAGACGAACUAGAAUAA